UCUGGCGCCUACCUAUUGUUUUGUUGUAGAGCUAGUGUUUUGCGUAAUAUAUUAAUCUUAAAAUAUGUAUGAAAUUAUGAAUAAAAAUGGCUGUACCCUGUGAUAUGUUGUUACAUCCAGAAUUAUUGUCAAAUGAGCAGUUAAUACAAGUUAUUCAAGAGAGACAUUUACGAAUAAAUAAUUUACAAAUAAAAGCAAGAGAUGAACUUUUAGAUCUAUUUCAUCAAUUUUGUGUUCCGUAUGGGCAAAGAAAAUAUCGAGAUUCUGGUCGAGGUAAAAUUUUGAACGAAGUCCGUAUGUCGAACGCAGAGUCAGCCAAGAAUUUGGAUUUAAUCAAUAAUAAUUAUAUUAAUAACAGAAAGAAAACAUAUUCAAAUAGUGAAAGAUUAAAACCUCCAUCUGAUUUGCUGUCCGGUCAGAUGAAAAGGAUUAAGCUAGAUUGCAAUAAUAUCGCUUUUAAUAAUAGCAAUUACUACAAGAGGAAGAUGUCGAUUGAUGGUGUAAGCUCUUCCAUAGACAGUCCACCAAUUAAAAAAGAAAGAAAAGCAAUAACAUGGCCAUAAAAUGCUUAAGGGUACAUAAUCUAUAAAAAUAUCAUUAUAUCAUUUGUCUUUACACCGAAUGAAAACUUAGACAUAAAAAAUAACCCUCACAAUAAGAAGUAUUUCAUAAGUAAUAUGUAGAUUCUAUGAGCUAAAUCAAAAUUAAUUUAAAACUGAAAAAACAUAAUUUAUUAUUUGUCAUGGUAAGUUUUAUGUACCUAACCUACCUUGAAGAAGUACUUUCUUCAAAAGCUUUUCAAUCGAUACCACGGUAAAAUAGAUAGUAAUUCCAUUUUACUAUGGUGUAGGUUUUACAUGACAUUAGCAGAAUACUAAACGUAUAUAUAUGCAUGUAAUGAUAUCAAAUAUCUGUUUCUAACAAUAUGAGCUGUUCUAUUUUAUAGUAGUACUUUAAGUAAGAUUAGAAUGGCGAAAAAAGUCAAAAUAAACAUAUACAUGCGAUUAAUUCGAUUAGCUUUUACAAAGAUUUUUUAAAUAUGUAUAAGUCUUUACAACAACUGUGGCCUUUCUCAUUGCUAGAUCAACUAGCAGAAACUAUGUGUACAUUUUGUGUACAUUAAAUAUGUAGAAUUUUAAAUUGCCUCGUCUUAAUGUGUUACAUAGCUGGAUGUACAACUUUGAAAUUAUAUAAUAAUAUUCUGCUACUUAAUUUUUACCCUAUCUUGAUGUUCUAUGUUAAUUAAAUUUUAUGUCAUAAUUUGACAUUUUAAAUAGUCAUUAACUCUAUAUAUAUCCCAUCGAAAGAUAAGAGGUUACAGUGGCGGAUGGUGAUUAAAAGGCCUGACACUAAUUGCUUUUCGGAUGCCUUAAAAUUGUUUUUUGGUUAUCGAAAGAGAAAUAUAUAAAUGUAGAAUAAGUAUGUAAUAAGUUGGAACAGAAUGUAGUCUACGAAGACUGCUAUUUCUUACAUUGUUCAUGCAAAUAAAACAGAAAACAAAAUUAAAUUUAUUAAAUAAAUGUAUUAUAUAAAAAAAUCUUUUUCCACUUUUUUCAGAGAGUCAAAAGCUCCUGCAACAAAAGUAUUUCUAUAAGUCUACCACUGGGCUUUUAUUUGCUCAUUAGCUGUAGCCUGUGUACUGAAUAGUUUUUACAGAAUUCUAUAUACAAAUACAUAUAAUGAAACUUUGAUGACAAAAGAUGAAAAUCUUGCAAUUUUUAAUAAUAUAUGCUUCUUAUUUUAUUUGCAUAUCCAUAAUACCUUCAAAGUAAUAAUAUAUUCAGUAAUUGUGUCACAAAUCCCAUUUAGACAGUUUUAAAAUCUCAUUGUUUAUAGUUUACGAUUAGGCUUAAGUAAAUUAAUCUUAAUAAAAUGUUUAUAUUACCUAGGUACCAAAAUUUUCUUUUUAAAAAAUAUAUUUUUCUUUUUAAUUUUGUUUAUAGUUUUUUCUACUAUUAUAAGGGUAAAUUUAAGAUAAAGUUGCUUAAUGCAUUUCAGGGUUUAGAGGUAAAUCAAAUUAUACAUCAUUUUACAUUUUAUUCAUAUGACAAAGUUAAGGAUAUGUUCUAUCUUGUGUUGUAUCUUUACUGCUUGUGUAUAAAAUUUAAUUCCAAUUUAAAACUUCAAACAGUGUAGGUUUUAGUUCUGUAAUUUUUAAUAAUGUAAUGCUUUAGAAGUUAUAUUGUAUAAAUAAAAAAAGCGACGAGAAAAAAGUUUGAGUAAUAUUAAAAAAGCGUGAGGAUAUAAUCAAUUAGUUUUUAUACUAUGCUGUAAAGUACACAUAGUUAUAAAUACUACAUUUUGCACUAACAGUACCGAUAUGUGGCUAAUAAUUUAAUAUAUAUAUAUAUAUAUAUAUAUAUAUAUAUAUAUAUAUAUUUUUUUUAUUUAUCAAUUAUGUGUAUUAUUGUGAUGUGAUUUUUAAAUGGUAAUAAAUUAACUUUGUUUAAUCUUUUGGUCAUGUGAUAAUGCUGUAUGUCUAAUAAAUAAAGAUAUAGUUUUCUUUUUAUAAAACAAUUAGAACAUGUAUAAGUAAAAUGAUGAAUACUAUGUUUUGUUACGUAUCCGGCUCGCAGGACCAAGUACAAUGCCCGAUACUUCAAAAGCACGAAAGCCCAGUACGAUAUUAAAAAUAAAUUAUGAGACCAACUAUUUACACGAAUUAAACAAUAUAAUUGGAAAGGAAGUCAUAAAUUUACUUAUGCAUUUGAUUUUUAUUGACAUCGAAAAAUAUUUCAAUUCGAACUUUUAUUAAUUUGUAUUACCUUGUCAUAUAUAAAUAUUGUAUAUAACACACACAACAAUAUAAUAUGUCUGUGUUGUCAGAACUCUCAUUGAUUUACUAGCUAUACAUGUAGUGACUUUGUGGAAAUAGAUUAUGAAAUAAAAAAUCAUUUUUUGUGA